AGCCAUGUUGUUUUGCACAAACUUUACCUCAUGAUUAUCAGUGGCUCAUAAUUGCUUACUUCAUAAUUUCAUAUUUUUCUGUUUAGGUGUUAUCUUAAAAAGGUAUUUCUUUGUUUGUUGUGUGUAAUGUCCAUUAGCCAUAUAUAAUGUGUACUUUGAAAUAUUGUGAUAAUAGCACAUGGUUAAACAGUGGUGCCAGACUUAAUAAAGCUGAAUAAAACAAAGAGAAAAGCACAAAAAUUCAAAGUCUGUUUAGUCUAGUCUGGUUAAUUAUGCCCCUGUUUUGCGUUAAUGACCCUAAGGGCAUAUUUCCUGGAAAUGAUGAGGCCUGUAGGUACGUUAGCUCAGCCUCAAUUACACCAUUCAAAACACCUCCUGAGUCUGCGCUCACACCCACAGGGCAUCAAAACAAGGUGGCUAUUUAAAGGAAUACCUGGCCUUCAGAGGGCUGGGCACUACUGAGCAUACCAUGCAGCUCGCUUCAACUUUAAUGAUGUUUGUAUUAUUGCUGUGGAUAAUUGGACAAGCAGCAUGUAAAGCUAAUCCAGUCAGAUGUAGACUGUGGGCUGAGCCUCAGAUGCCUGGUCUUUAUAUGAAUGGAGAUUUUGUGACUGGGGGGAUUUUCGCCAUUCAUUACAACCUGAGAUCAGAGCAGAACAUCUACACCAAACCGCCACUACAGCCACAGUGCUCUGGCAGUAUCGAUUUCAUCCAACUGCACUUCGCCCGUGCCAUGGAGUUCACCAUCCACGAGAUCAACAACAGAACAGAUCUCCUGCCGGGAAUCACGUUAGGCUACCAGAUCCACGACUCGUGCGCUGCAGUGCUGAUGGCUGUUAAAGUUGCAUUUCAGUUUGUAAACGGCAUGGAACCAUUUUUCAACGACACUGAUUCCUGUUCAAAAUCUGCAGCCGCCGCUGUUCCUGCUGUGGUGGGAGAGUCUAAUUCCUCCCCCUCAAUGAGCAUGACCAGAAUGCUGGGUCUUUUUGGAAUUCCACAGGUGAGUUACUACGCAACCUGCGCAUGUCUGAGCGAUAAGCGGCAGUAUCCUGCCUUCCUCAGGACCGUGCCUAGUGACCACCACCAAGCGGCCGCACUAGCAAAAAUAGUCAAGCAUUUUGGCUGGACAUGGAUUGGGGCAGUGCGGAGCGACACAGACUAUGGAAAUUAUGGAAUGGCGUCGUUUCUAAAGGCUGCGCAGGAGGAGGGCAUCUGUGUGGAGUACUCCGAGGUGUUUUACAGAACAGAUCCGCGCAGUAAACUGGAGAGAGUGGCAAACGUCAUCCGCAGAUCAACAGCCCGGGUAAUAGUAGCGUUUCUUGCCUCAGGCGAAAUGAGAGUUCUCUUAGAAGAACUUGCAAGACAGCCGCCGCCUCCCCUUCAGUGGAUCGGCAGUGAAGCGUGGAUCAUAGAUCCAGAGUUUCGAAAAUAUAACAUGUGCGCUGGGGCGAUAGGAUUUGGGUUCCCCCGCUCAGUGAUUCCAGGUCUUCGUGAGUUUCUUCUGGAUCUCUCUCCAGAACAAGCACUGAAAUCGCCUCUGCUAACGGAGUUUUGGGAGAGCUCGUUUAUCUGUAGCCUGAAAGGCUCCUCAGAGGGCGCGCGGGAAUGUGACGGCAGCGAGGAUAUCCGUGCGCUGCAGAACCCAUAUGUUGACACCUCCCAGCUGCGCAUGACUAACCUGGUGUACAAAGCUACGUAUGCCAUAGCGAAUGCCAUCCACGGUGUUAUCUGUAAUGACACGCAGUGUGACAAGAGCGCUAAAUUCACACCAUGGCAGAUACUCGACCAGCUCAAGAGAGUGAACUUCACUACAAAGAAUGGUUUUCAGGUCAUGUUUGACCCCAACGGUGAUCCUAUAGCCGUCUAUGAGCUCAUAAACUGGCAGGUUAACCUAGAUGACUCAAUAGAUUUUGUCACAGUUGGUCAUUAUGACUCAUCCAAACCAAGAGGUCAAGAAUUCAGUAUGAGCAGGGCUAUCAGCUGGCUGGGGGGACAGACCGAGGUGCCAAGGUCUGUGUGCAGUGAGAGCUGUCCUCCAGGAACCAGGAAGGCUGUGCAGAAAGGAAAGCCAGUCUGCUGCUAUGACUGUAUACCAUGUACAGAAGGAGAGAUCAGUAACAAGACAGACUCUUUGAACUGUGCGCACUGUCCUCCUGAAUUCUGGCCCAAUGCCCAGCAAAACAGAUGCCUCCCCAAGCCUGUGGAGUUCCUGUCCUGGGACGACACUCUGAGCAUCAUCCUGACAGUGUUCUCCAUCACUGGGGCUUUCAUAUCUGUAUGUGUGGCUGCUGUCUUCUACAAACAUAGAGCUUCUCCAAUCGUCCGAGCCAACAACUCUGAGCUGAGCUUCCUGCUGCUCUUCUCAUUGGCUCUGUGUUUCCUCUGUUCACUCACUUUCAUUGGUCAGCCCUCUGAGUGGUCCUGUAUGCUGCGCCACACAACGUUUGGGAUCACCUUCGUCCUCUGCAUCUCCUGUGUUCUUGGGAAAACAAUAGUGGUGUUAAUGGCCUUCAGAGCUACACUUCCAGGCAGUGAUGUCAUGAAAUGGUUUGGGCCUCCACAGCAGAGACUCAGUGUUCUUGCUUUCACUCUCAUACAGGUCCUUAUUUGUGUGCUUUGGUUGACAAUAUCUCCUCCUUUUCCCUUCAAAAAUCUAAAAUACUACAAGGAAAAGAUUAUCUUAGAAUGUGAAUUAGGUUCAGCUAUAGGUUUCUGGGCUGUGCUGGGUUAUAUAGGAUUUCUGGCUCUUUUGUGUUUUAUUUUGGCUUUUCUAGCACGGAAGCUGCCUGAUAAAUUUAAUGAGGCCAAGUUCAUCACAUUCAGCAUGCUCAUAUUCUGUGCAGUGUGGAUCACCUUUAUCCCAGCUUAUGUCAGCUCUCCUGGAAAGUUCACUGUAGCUGUAGAGAUAUUUGCUAUUCUGGCCUCAAGUUUUGGUUUGAUUACUUGUAUUUUUGUUCCCAAGUGUUUCAUAAUCAUGUUUAGGCCAGAGAAGAAUACCAAGAAACACCUUAUGGGUAAAGUACCCUCCAAGUCUCUUUGAGACCGUUACACAAAUUGUACAUGUCACAUUAUGGCUUAGCACCUUAUAUAAAAUGUGCUUUUUAUAUGUACAUAACUUCA